AUGGUUCCCAUUAAGGUCUUAGAGGUACUCUCUAAAACAGUGACAGGUCUUAGAGACGAGAGGAACACCGGCAUUAGACAUCACUCAGCCAGACGGGAUAACUGCUGCACUGCUGCCAUUUGUUCGGCCAGACGGGAUAACUGCUACACCGCUGCCAUUUGUUCGGCCAGACGGGAUAACUGCUACACCGCUGCCAUUUGUUCGGCCAGACGGGAUAACUGCUACACCGCUGCCAUUUGUUCGGCCAGACGGGAUAACUGCUACACCGCUGCCAUUUGUUCGGCCAGACGGGAUAACUGCUACACCGCUGCCAUUUGUUCGGCCAGACGGGAUAACUGCUACACCGCUGCCAUUUGUUCGGCCAGACGGGAUAACUGCUACACCGCUGCCAUUUGUUCGGCCAGACGGGAUAACUGCUGCACUGCUGCCAUUUGUUCGGCCAGACGGGAUAACUGCUACACCGCUGCCAUUUGUUCGGCCAGACGGGAUAACUGCUACACCGCUGCCAUUUGUUCGGCCAGACGGGAUAACUGCUACACCGCUGCCAUUUGUUCGGCCAGACGGGAUAACUGCUGCACUGCUGCCAUUUGUUCGGCCAGACGGGAUAACUGCUGCACCGCUGCCAUUUGUUCGGCCAGACGGGAUAACUGCUACACCGCUGCCAUUUGUUCGGCCAGACGGGAUAACUGCUACACCGCUGCCAUUUGUUCGGCCAGACGGGAUAACUGCUGCACCGCUGCCAUUUGUUCGGCCAGACGGGAUAACUGCUACACUGCUGCCAUUUGUUCGGCCAGACGGGAUAACUGCUACACCGCUGCCAUUUGUUCGGCCAGACGGGAUAACUGCUGCACUGCUGCCAUUUGUUCGGCCAGACGGGAUAACUGCUACACUGCUGCCAUUUGUUCGGCCAGACGGGAUAACUGCUACACCGCUGCCAUUUGUUCGGCCAGACGGGAUAACUGCUGCACUGCUGCCAUUUGUUCGGCCAGACGGGAUAACUGCUACACUGCUGCCAUUUGUUCGGCCAGACGGGAUAACUGCUACACCGCUGCCAUUUGUUCGGCCAGACGGGAUAACUGCUACACCGCUGCCAUUUGUUCGGCCAGACGGGAUAACUGCUGCACCGCUGCCAUUUGUUCGGCAAGACGGGAUAACUGCUGCACUGCUGCCAUUUGUUCGGCCAGACGGGAUAACUGCUACACCGCUGCCAUUUGUUCGGCCAGACGGGAUAACUGCUGCACCGCUGCCAUUUGUUCGGCAAGACGGGAUAACUGCUGCACUGCUGCCAUUUGUUCGGCCAGACGGGAUAACUGCUACACCGCUGCCAUUUGUUCGGCAAGACGGGAUAACUGCUACACCGCUGCCAUUUGUUCGGCCAGACGGGAUAACUGCUGCACCGCUGCCAUUUGUUCGGCAAGACGGGAUAACUGCUGCACUGCUGCCAUUUGUUCGGCCAGACGGGAUAACUGCUACAUCGCUGCCAUUUGUUCGGCCAGACGGGAUAACUGCUGCACCGCUGCCAUUUGUUCGGCAAGACGGGAUAACUGCUGCACUGCUGCCAUUUGUUCGGCCAGACGGGAUAACUGCUACACCGCUGCCAUUUGUUCGGCAAGACGGGAUAACUGCUACACCGCUGCCAUUUGUUCGGCCAGACGGGAUAACUGCUACAUCGCUGCCAUUUGUUCGGCCAGACGGGAUAACUGCUGCACCGCUGCCAUUUGUUCGGCAAGACGGGAUAACUGCUGCACUGCUGCCAUUUGUUCGGCCAGACGGGAUAACUGCUACACCGCUGCCAUUUGUUCGGCAAGACGGGAUAACUGCUACACCGCUGCCAUUUGUUCGGCAAGACGGGAUAACUGCUGCACCGCUGCCAUUUGUUCGGCCAGACGGGAUAACUGCUACACCGCUGCCAUUUGUUCGGCCAGACGGGAUAACUGCUACACCGCUGCCAUUUGUUCGGCCAGACGGGAUAACUGCUGCACCGCUGCCAUUUGUUCGGCCAGACGGGAUAACUGCUGCACCGCUGCCAUUUGUUCGGCCAGACGGGAUAACUGCUGCACUGCUGCCAUUUGUUCGGCCAGACGGGAUAACUGCUACACCGCUGCCAUUUGUUCGGCCAGACGGGAUAACUGCUGCACUGCUGCCAUUUGUUCGGCCAGACGGGAUAACUGCUACACCGCUGCCAUUUGUUCGGCCAGACGGGAUAACUGCUGCACUGCUGCCAUUUGUUCGGCCAGACGGGAUAACUGCUGCACUGCUGCCAUUUGUUCGGCCAGACGGGAUAACUGCUGCACUGCUGCCAUUUGUUCGGCCAGACGGGAUAACUGCUGCACUGCUGCCAUUUGUUCGGCAAGAGACAAGAUUUUGUGCACACUGCUCUUCGCAUGA